AUGCUGAGAUCGAAAGUUGCGCAAGUUGUGCGUUCGGGGGCCUUGAAUAGGCCUUUUGGGCUGGUUAGGUUACAAUUGAGAAGUGUAGCUGACGUUUCAUUGGAAAGAUAUGGUAAAGUUUAUGGAGCAAAGCCUGGGAGCUUGGAUAGACCUUUGGAUUCUUUUCCUAGGCGUCAUUUAGGUCCUUCGCCCGAAAAUGUCGAAUAUAUGUUGAAAUCAAUGGAUUAUAAAGGGUUGAACUCGUUUGUGGAGGCUCUAGUGCCUUCAAAUAUCCUCAAGAAACGUUCGCUGGAGCUGGAAGCACCAGUUAAGGGGUUUGGUGAACAGGAAAUGUUGGAACAUAUGGCCAAGAUUGCUGAAAAGAAUCAUUAUAAGGUUAGAAAUUUCAUUGGGAAAGGCUAUUAUGGUACUUUCUUGCCAGCUGUCAUUCAGAGAAAUUUGCUAGAAUGUCCUGAAUGGUAUACAUCCUAUACUCCUUACCAGCCUGAAAUUUCUCAAGGUCGUUUGGAAUCGCUGUUGAAUUUUCAGACUGUUGUCAGUGAUCUGACGGGUUUGCCUGUGGCUAACGCUUCAUUGCUUGACGAAGGUACAGCAGCUGGUGAAGCUAUGUUACUGUCGUUCCAUGCUUCUAGAAAGAAGAAAACCAAGUACGUGGUUGACAAGAGAGUUCAUGAGCAGACUAAAGCUGUCUUGCGCACUAGAGCCGAGCCUUUCAAAUUGGAGAUUGUUGAGAUUGAUUGUACUGACGUCGAAGGUGCUGUGGAUACUCUGAAGGAUCCUAAAGUUGCAGGUUGCCUUGUCCAGUAUCCUGCUACCGAUGGUUCUAUCUUGUCCGGUGACAUACUAUCGAAAUUAUCUGAAGCGGUUCACUCACACAAAUCUCAUAUGAGUGUUGCAUCCGAUCUGAUGGCUUUGACUUUGUUGAAACCACCUGCUCAGUUCGGUGCAGAUAUUGUUUUGGGUUCCACGCAAAGAUUUGGUGUUCCUAUGGGCUACGGUGGUCCACACGCGGCUUUCUUCUCGGUGAUCGACUCUUUGAACAGAAAGAUUCCUGGUAGAAUUGUCGGUGUCUCCAAGGAUCGUCUAGGAAAGACAGCUUUAAGAUUGGCUUUGCAAACUAGAGAACAACAUAUCAAACGUGACAAGGCUACUUCUAACAUUUGCACCGCCCAGGCGUUAUUGGCUAACGUUGCAGCAAACUACGCGGUUUAUCAUGGUCCUGAGGGUUUGAAAGAUAUUGCAAAGAGAAUUUACGGUAUGACUACUAUCCUGGCCAAGGCUAUCGAUAGCAGUUCUCACUCCUUAGUUAACGAUUCGUGGUUUGACACUUUGACCAUCAAGUUAGGCAACAAAAUUACAUCUAAAGAACUAUUGGAGAAGGCUUUAAAGGAAUAUAACACGAAUAUGUUUGCCGUCGAUCAAUCCACAGUUUCUCUUUCCCUUGAUGAAACUACCACAAAGCAGGACCUCGAGAAUAUGAUCAAGUUGUUUACCAACAGUUCGAAUCCUUCAGACUUCAUGCCAUCAGUCGAAGAUUUCCCACAGUUCCCUCAGGAAUUACUAAGAACAGACAGCUUCUUGACCAACGAAGUGUUCAACAUACAUCAUAGCGAAACUGCCAUGCUGAGAUACCUACAUCGUCUACAAUCGCGUGAUCUGUCGCUAGCAAACUCCAUGAUUCCACUAGGUUCUUGUACCAUGAAGCUUAACAGUACUGUUGAGAUGAUGCCAAUUACCUGGCCUCAAUUUGCCAAUGCACAUCCUUUCCAACCUGCUGACCAGGUGCAAGGUUACAAAGAGUUGUUGGCAUCUUUGGAGAAGGAUCUAUGCAGCAUUACAGGUUUCGACGGUGUCUCUUUACAGCCAAACUCCGGUGCUCAAGGUGAGUACACCGGUUUGAGAGUAAUUAGGUCAUACUUGGACAAGAAAGGAGAAUCCCACCGUAACGUUUGUUUAAUUCCAGUCUCGGCACAUGGUACAAACCCUGCUUCAGCAGCUAUGUGCGGUAUGAAAGUGGUACCAGUGAACUGUUUAUCAGAUGGUUCCUUAGACCUAAAGGACCUAGAAGCAAAGGUGCGUAAGCAUGAGAAAGAUUUAGCUGCAGUUAUGAUCACAUAUCCAUCCACUUAUGGUCUGUUUGAACCUGGUGUUCAAGAGGCCUUCGAGUUGGUUCAUCAAUAUGGUGGUCAAGUCUACUUGGACGGUGCUAACAUGAACGCACAAGUUGGGUUAACUUCGCCAGGUGAUCUUGGCGCAGACGUUUGUCAUUUGAACCUGCACAAGACUUUUGCUAUUCCUCAUGGUGGUGGUGGUCCAGCUGGUGCUCCUAUCUGUGUCAAAUCUCAUCUGAUCCCACAUCUGCCAAAGCACGAUGUCGUUGAGAUGAUCACGGGUACCGGCAGCGAGGAUUCAAUUCAUCCUGUGGGAUCUGCUCCAUAUGGUAAUCCAUUAGUCCUUAUGAUCUCUUAUGCAUACAUCAAGAUGAUGGGUAGUGAAGGUCUACCUUUCUCCUCCGUUAUUGCAAGUUUGAACGCAAACUACAUGAUGACAAGGUUGAAGGAACAUUACAAGAUUCUAUUUAUUACGAACGGUGGUUCCAACAAGCAUUGUGCGCACGAAUUUAUCAUCGAUCUUCGUGAUUACAAAAACAAGGGUGUUGAAGCCAUUGACAUUGCUAAGAGAUUGCAAGACUAUGGUUUUCACGCUCCAACUUUGGCAUUCCCAGUUCCAGGAACUCUGAUGGUUGAGCCAACAGAGUCCGAAAAUUUGGAAGAAUUAGACAGAUUCGUCGACGCACUUGUAGCCAUCAAGGGUGAGAUCGAUGCUCUUAUUGCAGGUGAGCCAAAGGGCCAGCUUUUGAAGAACGCACCCCACUCUCUAGAAGAUCUGAUAUCUUCGGAAGACUGGGCAUCGAGAGGCUACACUCGUGAGCAGGCAGCUUAUCCUCUGAAAUUCCUGAAAUACAACAAGUUCUGGCCACCGGUCGCAAGACUAGAUGAUACUUACGGUGACAUGAACUUGAUUUGCACCUGUCCCUCCGUGGAAGAAGUCGCUAAGGAUGACGCCUAG